UUAGGAAGGAAAGACAUAAUGACAGUGUUGCUUAUUGUGUAUUGUUUAAUUGUUAUUAUAUUGUUAAUCGGAGUGUAUCAGAAAAACACAAAUGUGAUUUGUAAAUCGAAAAGAAGACUUGACGGGAAGACCACUAUUGUUACAGGAGGGACUUCAGGUAUGGGGUUGGAAAUAGCCAAAGACUUCGCCCUUAGAGGGGCCAGAGUCAUCGUCGCCUGCCCCUUUGAAGACGAGGGUAACGCCGCUCAAGAACUGAUCAUCCAAUAUUCUGAACAAUCUGGUGAGACUGACGAACCCAGUAGGAUUGUCAACACCGCGUCCUUCACACAUCUUGUAGGAAAAAUCAACUAUGACGGUUGGAAGAAGACUGGUGUAGCUCUGUCACACUACGCUAACAGUAAACUGUGCAUUAUUUUAUUCACGUAUGAAUUAGCUAAGAGGUUGAUGACAUCAAGAGUAAUUGUGAAUGCCGCAGAUCCCGGGAUCGCCAGCACACGACUACACAAAGACUGCACAAACACAAUUAUUGGACCAAUUUUGAUGUUAUUUAUAGCUAUAUUCUUAAAAGACGCCUUUGAGGGUUCUCAAACCGCGAUACAUAUUGCUGUGUGUGAGAGCACUCGUAAACAAAAUGGGCAGUACUUUUUUAACUGCAAAAUUACAAGGAAAUCUAAAUUACCAUGGUACCAUGACGAUAAAACUACUGAAAUGUUGUGGGAUAAAACCAUGGAUGUAAUAAAGUUUGAAAAUAAUUACAAGGGAAAGAAUAUUUUAUCUAAAUAUUAAUAAAGAACAAAUAAACUUUAUCGUGUAUUUUUAAAGUUCCUGUUGCCAUUGCUACCAACUCACAGUUAAAAUUUGUAUAGGCAGUACCCGAGGAAGGAUGAAGCUUUGAACAACAAAUUAUUUUAAAUGUUCACUUAAUUAAGUUAUUUCAUGUGUACAUAGUAGGUACUAGUACAUUUUUAAAUAAGCUUACACUUACAAUCACAACCCUAUUAAAAAAACAAUAGUUUUAGCGCGGAUGUGGUGAGAUUUCACUGCGGCAAUCGAAGUCAUUACGAGGAAAGUCCUUCUCUCCAACAACCGAUUACGACUAUUACAGUUUGCAAUGUUAGCAAUGAAUGUAACAAUAUAUUAGUAGAGCUCGGUUAGAAAAGUGUUUUAGUUACAUAGA